GAUUUUACAAGCUCCGCGUUUUCACAACAUAUCAAGAGAAAAUGGCUUUAUCACCUCGUGAGUCAGGCAAACUCGUUGCUUCGCUUAGCAAAAACGUGAAAAUCAAAGACGAAGGUGUGAAAAAACUGGGGGAUUUGUUGGUUAGCGAGAUCGAAAGCGGGAAAUUGUCCAGUGAGAAGUUCAGUCAAGUGAAACUGCACCCAAAAUCCGACGAUCCCAAAGCCCUUGACUGGUUAUUUGUCGUGGACACUCUGAAUUUUUGCUUCUGGCACUUAGAAACCGAAGCUGGCUGGACUGUGGAGGGCUACACUGGUUAUUUUGCCCUUUGUGCGGCUAUUAAUCGAGCCGUGAAGGAAAAAGUGGAUAUUUUGAACUCGAAAUACUACUCUGAAGUGUCCGAAAAAGACCUUGCGAAAAUAUUCAGAAGCGACAACGAUGUCCCAAUUCCACUCCUCCAGGAACGCGUCAAAUGCUUGCACGAAGUUGGGAACGUCCUUCUUGAAACUUUCGACGGUUCGUUUGAAAAUUGCGUGAAAAAGGCUGACAAGAGCGCUGUGGCCCUUCUGGACCUAAUCGUCAACAAUUUCAAGUGCUUCAAGGACGAAGCGACUUACAAAGACAAGAAAAUUGCGAUUUACAAGCGGGCGCAGAUUUUAAUUGGCGACAUUUGGGCCUGUUUCAAGAACGAAGGACUUGGGCACUUUAAAGAUAUCGAUGAAAUAACAAUGUUUGCGGAUUAUAGAAUCCCACAAUCUCUCCUAUAUUUCGGGGUGUUUGAGUACAGCGAAGAUUUGAAGAAGAAACUGCAAGACAACAAAAUUCUCGAAAACGGGGAAGAGGACGAAGUGGAGAUCAGAGCUUGCUCCAUCCAUGCGGUCGAGCUGCUAAAAGAACAUGCCAAUAAAAAACUAACUGAUACGAAAAUCAAUGCCAUUUUGAUCGAUCACUUCUUGUGGGACUUCAGACGCGAACAUAACAAGGAAAUCGUGGAGAAGAAGUUGCCGUUCCACAAAACGUUCUCCAUUUAUUACUAAAUCGAACGACAAUAUCAAGUUAAAAUUGGAGUUGACCGAAUCAAUGUGCUAAUUUAUUAGUAAUUAAUCGAAAAUUUCAGGGAGCGGUUGGCCAUGAAACUUUGAUAUGGCAUUUUGGUGGUAGUCAUGGUUACAAUUGUUACAAACCGAACCGUACUUUUUCAUUGCCAACUAUGCUGUCAUGUUUUAUUUCAUAUCAGUAAUUUUUAAGAUUAAUCGUGUCAAUGUUUUUAAAGUUAAAGUAUUAGAUUAUGAUUGAAAGAAUA